AUGCCCAAGUAUGCAAAGUUUAUAAAAGACCUGCUGACUAACAAUAGAAAAUUGGAGGAAUUAGAAACAAUUGCAUUACCACAGAACUGCUCUUUGAAGAUACAGAGGAAGCUCCUUAAUAAGUUGAAUGACCCCUGGAGUUUCAUUAUUCCAUGUGUGAUUGGGAAAGGUAUGCAAGAAAAGGCCUUGGAAGAUUCUGGGGCCAGUAUCAAUGUAAUGCCCUACAAGCUAUUUUUGAAGCUGGGAUUGGAAGACAUGAGGCCCACAAGGAUGACAAUAAAACUUGAAGACUGGUCUAUAAAGAAACCCCGUGGUGUUAGUGAGGAUGUGCUAGUUAGAGUUGACAAGCUCAUUAUCCCGGUGGAUUUUGUGAUUAUUGAUGUGGAUGAUGAUGUUAAAGUCCCAUUGAUCCUCGGGCGACCAUUUCUUAACACCAUCGGAGCGCUCAUUGAUCCCCGUGGCUAUGAAACACACCUUGGACCAUGA